CAUGCUGACACAUAUUGAUAACCACAAAGAACCAAAACAUGUGAGCAGCAGCAGCAGCAGCAGCAGCAGAGAAAAACAUGGCGAUGCCCCUUAAAGCAGCCCGUCUCUGUCGCUUGGCAGGACGUUCUGUCACCGCUCUCUCAGCAUCACACAAUGUCAGCUUGCCAGAGAGGAGAUGCUACGUCUCCACCUCGACGGGGAAUAAUAUACAGUUCAGGCUUAAUGAGCUAACGGCUCACAGCAGUCUGGACCUCUUCAAGAAAGACACUGGCAUCAUCUAUCGCAUGCUGGGUCUGGACCCCAGCCGCGUGCCAGACAACCCAGAGCGUUUCCAAGACUGGGCCGUCGUGUUUGGUGAUGAGAAGGUCAGCAGUGGACGACACUACUUUGAGGUGACGGUCAAAAAGUCUCAAGAGUUUCGUGUGGGUGUUGCUGAGGCACAGAUGUCCAGAGAAGAUUGUGUGGGAACGAACAGCUCCUCCUGGGUGUUCGGCUAUGCCCAGCGCAAGUGGUUUGCUAUGACCAACAAUAAGGUAGUUCCUGUGACGCUAGUGGGCAAGCCAGACCGAAUUGGCAUCCUGCUAGACUACGAAGCUGGCGUUCUGGGGCUGGUAGACGUUAAACAACCCACAGUCAUUCACACUAUCAGAGCCCAGUUCAAGGCUCCACUCUGCCCUGCGUUUGGACUCUGGGACGGGGAGCUGCUCACACACUCUGGUCUGGAGGAGCCUGAAGGCCUGAAGUGAAGCACUUUGAACUGUUAUGGCUGUGGGAAAUCCUCAGAUCAUUUCAUGCUUAAAUGCAGAUGCUGGUUAAUUUUCGACGGUCAAGUUGGUCUAUUACAAUGACUCUUUUCAAAGCAGGUUCAUACUUUGUGUAUGCCAUCCAGCCUCAGGCAACCAUAUCACAGAAGCUAUUUUGUAUGUACCUCAUGUAUUACCUCACAUACUAUUUGAUGUGAACAUAGUGUGUUUUUGAGAAAGGCAAUUCUUUUUGUUGUUGUUUUUUUUACUCUGUAUUACUGUCACAGUUACAAAGCUGAAGUCACCCCGAAACCCUUUUCAGUCUCAUGUUCAAUAAAAAAACUUAACUGAAA